CUUCAAGGUCGGUGGUCAAGUGAUGUGAUAAUAAAAAUAAAAGUGAGGUUAAUAAUAUGAAUUAUGAAUAUUUAAUUAUUUAUUAAAAACACAUGUUUAGCAUUUUUAGUUUCUGUAUAGUUUAGUUAAUAAUUGAGAAGUACUAAUAUGUCAACUGUUAUUCUUGGCGGGGGUUUAUCCGGGUUAUCCGCAGCUUAUUAUUUACUAAAAACCCAUCCAAAACAUUCAGUGCAACUACUAGAGGCUUCAACGAGAUUAGGAGGAUGGAUAAAGUCUAAUACAUUGAAUAAUAAUAUUAUUUUCGAAGAAGGACCAAGAACCAUACGGCCUCAUGGUUUGGCAGCAUAUAAUACUCUGUCGUUAAUACAAGAAAUUGGAUUAGAAAGUAGUGUUAUACCAAUUCAUUCAACUGCACCUGCUGCCAAGAAUCGGAUGAUUUAUGCUGAUGGACAAUUGCAUUUACUUCCUUCCUCUAUUUCAAGUAUCUUUAAGGUUAUGUCGCCCUUUUCUAAACCUUUGGUUUGGUAUUUAAUGCAUGAUUUUAUUGCCCAGAAACAAACUGUUAAGGAUGAAUCGAUUUAUGAUUUUUGUAAUAGAAGAUUCGGUACAGAGGUUGCAGAUUAUUUAAUAAGUCCUAUGAUUUGUGGUAUUUGUGCUGGGAAUUCAAAAGAAAUAAGUGUUAAAUUCCUGAUGAAAACUUUAUUUGAAUAUGAACAAAAGUAUGGAAAUAUUUAUAAAGGACUUAUUAGGAAUUUAUUUAAUAAUUCUCCAAAGACUGAACUUAGUAAAUUAGCUAAAAGAGCCAAAGUAGAAAGGUGGAGUGUUUACUCAUUUAAAGAUGGUUUAGAAAGUCUGCCUAGAGCUAUUGAACAAUAUAUUAAAAAAAAGGAUAUUUCAAUUGAAUUAAAUGCCAAAUGCAAAAGUAUAGAGUUAUAUCCAAGAAACAUUACUGUACAUCUAGACAAUGGCAAAAGUAUUGAUGCUUCUCAAAUGAUAAGUUCCAUUUCUUCUGAAGAAUUAAGCCAAUUAUUGAAAAAUCAGCAUCCUGAUUUAUCUACACUUCUAGAGAAAAUCAAAAGUGUAACUGUAGCAGUUGUGAAUCUACAAUAUAACAAAAAAUUAUUACCUAAAGAGGGAUUUGGUUUUCUAGUUCCGCCUAAAGAACGGCUACCCAUACUAGGUGUUAUUUUUGACAGUUCUUGCUUUCCUAAUGGUGAAAAUACAGUGCUCACUGUAAUGAUGGGUGGUGCUUGGUUUCAAGAACUAUUUGGUAAACAAUGUGAUAAAGAAUAUAUCUUAAAUCUUGCUCAAGAACAUUUAAAAUUGAUGCUAGGGAUAAAUGAACAGCCUGAAAAUGUUAAAGUCAACAUACUUGAAAAGUGUAUUCCUCAGUAUACUGUGGGUCAUAAUGAGAACGUUGAGAAAAUUCAAAAGUAUAUUAAAGAAAAUAAGUUACCAUUGGCUCUAUGUGGUUCUUCAUACUAUGGAGUAGGUGUUAAUGAUGUGAUACUAUCAUCUAAAAACGCUGUUGAACAGUUAUGUUGAUUGUUGUGUAUAUAAUUUCUUAAUAAUCUGUCAUGGAAUAAAACAAGUUAUUUUUAAAGGC